AUGAAGGAUUCUUUUUUUUAAAAAAAAUUUAGAGAUAUUGACUCAAGAAAGAUAGAUGUUCAACCUAUUGACUAUAGUACAGUAAAAUAAUUGAUUGGAUCCUUAAAUAAUAAAGUGUUUGAUUAACAAUUCGAAAAUAAAUAUUAGACAUAUUUAGAUGAUAGAGUAUUUUAAUUCAAAGUUAUAUAUGAUGGCUAAGGUUGGGAAAUCAGAAGAACACUUAAAUAAUUUGAAUAAUUAGAAAGGGAUAUGGCUUAAAAUAUAUUUUAUUAUUAUUUUCAAGAAAAGUAAAUCACGAAAUCCUUAGAAAGAGAUAAUCCUAAAACUACAUUAAUUUUACUUUAUAAAUACUUAAAAAUUAUAGUAUCUAAUGAAAUUAUACCAUAAUGUGCAUUAGAAUUUUUAGAGAUCUCUUGUAUCAAUCUACCAUUUAAAAUGAAAGAAGGAUAUAUGGAAAAAAAAUCAGGAGGAAGAUCUAAAAAAGAUUGUUGGUUAAAACUUUAAUCAAAGUUGGCGCAAUAUAAAAAAAGAUAUUUUAUUAUUACUUAGCAAUCUAUUCUAUAUGUAAAAGGACCUGAAAGGGAUAAAUGUAAAAUAAUUGAAUGCUUAAGUUUUGAUUCUGAUUUUAGUUUUUUAUUCGGCAAAAAAGAAACAGGUGAAGACAAUAAAAUUAUAAUCUUCUUCUCAUAAAGAAAAUUAAUUCUGAGAGCCUUAAAUUUAACAUCUUAUAUAGACUUUAUUUUUGCUUUAUUUAAAUCGAUCAAGUUAAGUCCGUAUACCAAAUUGCAUAGAUAUGGAUCUUUUUCUCCUAUUAGGACAUCAUAAUGUAAAUGGUACAUAGAUGGAGAUUAAUAUUUCAAUGACGUAUGUGAUGCAAUAUUGAAAGCAAAGGAUACAGUUUAUAUUACAGAUUGGUGGUUAAGUCCAGAAAUGUAUUUAAAAAGACCAAUAGACGUAAGAGAAUAUGCAUAAUUAAAUGAAAAUGUAUAUACAAGACUUGAUAAUGUAUUAAAAAUAGUUGCAGAUAAAGGAGUAUAAGUAUUAGUAUUAUUGUACAAUGCUCCAUUUUUAUUAUAUAAUGAUCCAAAACACUCAAAAUUGUAAUUAGAAAGUAUGUCUUCAAACAUUAAAGUCUUAAAGCAUCCAAAUAAUAAAAUUCCAGAUUUGUACUCUCAUCAUGAAAAAAUGGUGGUAAUAGAUUAACAUAUCGGAUUUAUGGGAGGAUUAGAUUUGUGUUUUGGGAGAUGGGAUACUUCGAAACAUUUAUUAUUUGAUGUUCAUCCUUUUGAGUAAUUAUGGCCAUAAAUUGAUUUUUCAAAUUCUAGAGUUCGAGAUUUUGUAGAAGUAAAGAAUUAUUAGAAAACACUAUUAAAAGAAAAUGAACCAAGGAUGCCUUGGCAUGAUAUUGCAAUAUGUAAUAAUUAAUAAUAUAAUUUAUUUAGAAAUAUAAGGAGAUUCGGUUGUUGAUUUAUCAAGACAUUUCGUUUAAUAUUGGAAUUUUGUGAUGAGGAGUAAAUAAAAAAAGAAACAAUAAGAAUUAUUACAUUCAAAUGAUUUAAAAAUGGAAGGAUUUGUUCCAUCAAAUUAAUAAAAUUUUUUAGAAUCUAAUGUAAUAUAUACUGGAAGAAAGGAAUCUCUAAUAUAGAUGAAACAGCCUAUUUUAAUUGAUUAUAUGAAAAGUUAAGAUGUUUAAAUAGAAAUGAAUUAAACUCUAUUAUCAAAUAAACAAAUUGAGGCUCCACCCUCUAAUACACAAUAAUUUAUUCAAUAACAAUAUAAAAAUUAUUAUGGUCUUUAAGCUAAAGAAAACUAAUAAAUAGAAGAAGAUGAUGAUGAAGAAGAUCACUAUUACAUUUUAGAAGGUAAUAAAUAAUAUAAAGAAAAACUUAAAACUAAAAUUAAAACUGAUAAAUAAAAGUUAAAAGAAUAUAAGAAUAUUGAAGGAAUUUAGGCACAUAUUAAUCUUGAAUUUUUCAUUCCUAGCAUGGAGAUCUAUAAUAAUUCAUGUACUAUAUCCUUAUUUUAUAUAAAUAGAAAAGUGUAUAACUUAAUUAACCAGAUCAUCUGGUACAUGGUCUACUGGAAUUAAAUAAACUGAACGUUCUAUAUAAAAUGCUUAUCUUUAACUUAUAUAAGAAGCUAAACACUUUAUUUAUAUAGAAAAUCAAUUCUUUAUUAGUUCUACAGCUGGAAAACCUGUUAAAAAUUUAGUAGCCAAUGCUCUGAUUUCUAGAAUAAAAGAAGCACAUGAAAAAUAACAAAGAUUUAAAGUAAUUGUCUUUUUUCCUCUUCUACCAGGUUUUGAAGGUGAAAUUGAUUAACCUAAUUCUGCUGUUCUUAAAGUACAAUUACAUUUUGAAUAUUUAAGUAUGAGCAGAGGUGGUAAAUCUAUUAUUGAAUAAUUAAAAUAAGAUGGAAUUAAACCAGAAAAUUAUAUAUAAUUUUUUAGUCUUAGAUAACAUGAAUUAUCACCAUAACCUAAUUCUAUUCCUGUAACUGAAAUUAUUUAUAUACAUUCCAAAUUACUUAUUGUAGAUGAUGAAAUUGCUUUAAUUGGAUCUGCAAAUAUUAAUGAUAGAAGCUUAUAAGGAAAUAGAGAUUCUGAACUUGCUAUAAUUGUUUAAGAUUAAAUUAAAGUUGAUGCUAUUAUGAAUGGAUAGCCAUAUUAGGCAUCUAAAUUUGCACAUACUCUUCGUACAGCUCUUUAUAUGGAGCAUUUUGAUUUACCAUAUGAAAAAGUAAUUGAUCCUUUAAGUUUAUAAUUUGAAAGGGAAUCGACCGCAUAAGCAAAUAUUAAUACAAGAAUUUACAAAUAAAUAUUUGCUUGCUAUCCUCAUGAUGAUAUUAAGAAAAUUUCAGAUUAUGAAUAAGUACUUAGUUUUAUAUUCAUUUUAGUUUAAAGCAAAUAAACACUUAGAUGAAUAUGACUAAUUAAAGUAAUUUUUUAAAGGUCAUGCAGUAAUGUUUCCUUUAAAUUUCUUAUGUGAAGAAAACUUAAAUCUAAAAGCUAAUCAAAAAGAAUUUUAUGCACCAGAAAAAAGCUUUACAUGA